CAUAAUUUUGCUGUAAAAGCUUGCUGUUUAGAAAGCUGUUUAAAGUUCAAAUGACUUGUUGAGGAAGUCAUCGAUGAGGCAAUCGUUUUAGUAGCAUUACAACAAUACAUUUAUUAAUGGUGUAGUUCCUUAAUCUGCCUGGAUAGAAUGAUUUUCUGUGUAGCAGAUAGGGAGGAAUCCUCGAUCAAACCCCAAAGUAGAAAACUGAUAUAUUCUAUCAAUACAAUGGCCACUUUAUAACUUGAUGUACUGUGUGUGUUAUGUCCAUAUCCAUUGCAGAGACAACUACAAGUCAAGAGGCACAGGAGGAACUAGCAAACGAGCUGCUGAAUCAAGCACAAAAUGCCUCUCAGCUGAACUCUUCUCAGGUUGCACAGUUGGUUGGGAACUUGGAAAAGCUUCUGGAUGGCUCCUCUGUCUCUAAGGCAGUGGGACAAAAGGUCAUCAGUGUCAGCAACCUGAUGGAGGGCAACUCAGUGGCCCUCUCUGCAUCUGCGAACAGACUGGUUCAAGUGGUAGAAGAUGUAGGUCUUAAGUUGAUUGUCCCUGGUGACAGAGAGAUCCUUUCCUCUGGUUCAGUGGUUCUAGCAGUGAGGAGUAUCGAUGGGACCAACUUUCCACAAACAUCUUUUAACAUUUUCAACACUGAUAAUGUCCAGCUCCGUGCACUCAGCAGAUCCAGGUCCAAAAGGUCAGGUUCUGCUCUUGGGUCUGUUUCUUUGCCCUCCUCCCUCACUGCGGGUCUCAGUCCUGAAGACCAGCAGCUGGCAAACAGGGUCCAGUUCACCUUUUACACCAAACCUGCCCUAUUCCAGGAUGAUGCAUUAAACAACCAAACCCUUGUCAGUCCAGUCCUGGCUGCCAGUGUGACUAAUCUGUCAAUCAGCAAUUUGGCUGAGAACAUUCAGUUUACUAUCCGAAAUGUCAACCCGAUAGAUGGAAACUACUCAGCCUCCUGUACAUUUUGGGACUUCACUCAGAAUGGCGGAGGAGGCUGGAGCUCUGCUGGCUGCUUUGUUGUCAAUAAUACUCCGGAAGAAACAACCUGCAGCUGCAACCAUCUCACUAGUUUUGCAAUUCUGCUGGAUUUGUCCAGAGAAGGAAUUAUUGAUCGUCAACAGGCACAAAUUCUUACAUUCAUCACCUACAUCGGCUGUGGAAUCUCUGCCAUUUUCCUUGCACUCACUUUACUGACUUAUCUUUUAUUUGAAAAACUGAUGCGGGAUAUUCCUGCCAAGAUCCUGGUUCAACUCUGCCUCUCCCUCCUCUUCCUCAACCUUGUCUUCUUGCUGGACGGCUGGCUGGCACUGUACCCAGCGGUUGGGCUGUGCAUUAGCACUGCCUUCUUCCUGCACUACUUCCUGCUUACAUCAUUUACCUGGGCGGGGCUUGAGGCCCUGCACAUGUACCUGAGCAUCGUCCGAGUUUUCACUCCUUACCUCAGCAGAUACAUGCUCAAGUUCUCACUGAUAGGCUGGGGCAUCCCUCUUCUUGUGGUGAUUGUUGUAAUAUCAGUGGACAAAGACAACUAUGGUGUGGUCACAUAUGGAAAAUACACAGAUGGCACUUCAGACGACUUCUGUUGGCUGCGUAAUGACAUCGCCUUCUAUGUGGGAGUGGUAGCCUACUUCCUCCUGAUCUUUGCUCUGUGCCUGCUGGUCUUCAUUAUUGUUAUGGUCCAGCUGUCCCGGAUCAAGAAGCAGAACCCCCAGAACCAGCCUCCCAACAGGGGGGUGAUGACAGAUCUGCGCAGCAUUGCUGGUCUAAUCGUGCUGCUCGGCCUCACCUGGGGGUUUGCUCUGUUUGCCUGGGGACCCCUUUACUUACCCUUUGUUUACCUUUUCACCAUAUUCAACUCUCUGCAAGGAUUUCUUGUCUUUAUUUUCCACUGUGCUGUGAAGGAGAAUGUCCGUAGGCAGUGGAGAACAUAUCUUUGCUGUGGGAAACUGCGUUUGGCUGAGAAUUCAGAUUGGAGUCGGACAGCCACCCAGAACAGGAUGAAUCUUUCGGUUGCCACAGCAACCACCUCAGCUCCCCACUUAACCUCUCGAAGCUCUUCCACCAUCAGUGAUAGCACCAAUAGCAAUGGGUCUGUGUUUGCGGACAGCGGAAUAUCUGACAGCUCCAACAGCGACGCCAUCCUUAACGAGAUUCACAGACUAAAUAUUUCAUUGUAAGGAGAGACCUGACAAAUGUGUCAAGCAUCCAUUUGUGAUUCAAAUAUUUAUUUUCUUUGAGAGAACCAUGGUGGUGAUGGUGACAGUGAUAAUUCUCCUGCAGCAUGAGUAAACAAAAAGAAAACUAAUCACAGGAGUGGUUGCUCACAGAAAUCCUCAGUGUUACCCAAUAUUCCGGUUUUACAGGUGUCAUGAAGGACAGAAGAAGUGAGACUGAAGAACUUUUGCGAGGAGUAUGAUUAUUGCUUGAAUGCAACAAGUUGACUUGAUGCCUUUUCUACAUCAAGAGUAGAAUAUAUGAAGUGUACAGUAGCUAUGCUUCUGACUGAAUAAAAUCAUUAUUUCACUGUAACAGC